AUGAAACGUCUAAUAGGAAACAAAACUAUACUUUAUCAGAUAAUCAGGAAGCACAGCCAACUGAGCUACGUCCACAACAUCGGCACGGAACCGUUGCGGCCUCUUACCGUCGGGCGAUUGCUCGAACGCACCGCCACGGAACACGGAACCUCAUCGGCUGUCAUCAGCUGUCACCAAAACGUCACUUUGACGUUCCGAGAGCUGCUCGAUCGCGCCGAUCGGCUGGCGGGCGGUCUGCGCAGGCUCGGCCUGCGCCCCGGCGAUAAAAUCGCCCUGUGGGCGCCCAAUAUGGCAGAAUGGUACCUCACGUUCAUGGCAUGCGCCCGCGGGGGAUUCGUUAUGGUGCCGGUGAAUCCGUUCUAUCUGCAGAAGGAAUUGGAGUAUUCGUUGAAGAAGGCCGAUGUGAGCGCCUUGAUUUACCGCGAGGAGAGCCUGAGGAGGCAGAAUUUCGUCGAAAUCGUGCGGAAAAUUUGGCCGGAAACGGCCGGAAAUUGUCGAAGCGUGCCGACUUUACGGAAGCUGAUCGUUAUUGGCGAUGGUAAAACUUGCGCUUCUUCUCAUACAUUUAACGAAGUACUGGACUCCGCUACAUCGAAGUGCACUUCAACAAUCAAAAAGGAACAGGAUUUGAUCAGAGCAGAUGAUCCUUGUUGUAUACAAUUCACCUCGGGUACUACUGGUUUCUCGAAAGCGCCGAUCGUGUCGCACUUCAGCAUCGUCAACAACGGUUAUUUCAUAGGAAAACGCAACCGAUUGAAUCAAAAACAUCACACAUUAUGCAUACAAAAUCCCCUAUUCCACGCCUAUGGUUCCGUCAUCGGCCUAAUAGGCGCCCUAAAUCACGGUACCACCGUAGUACUACCCACAGACGCCUACGAUCCCCAAAAGAAUUUAAACGCCAUCAAACAACACGCAUGUACAGUGGUGUACGGUACUCCGACGAUGUACGUGGACUUGGUGAAUCUCCAGAAACAGAAACGGGAGAAAUUACAACUGGAAAUCGCAGUGAGCGGCGGCGCAAUUUGUACUCCCAAUCUAUUCGAAUCCAUGAAAGAGGUACUGCAAGUACGCGAAGUAAAGUCUAUCUACGGUUUGACGGAGAGUUCCGGUAGUACCUUCCAAUCGCUGGACGGCGACGAUAAGUACCAAUGCACGAGAACCGUGGGCUACCUGCAGGAGCACCUCGAAGCGAAAAUCGUCGACGGUGCGAAUCGGAUAGUACCCAGAGGUACCGUGGGCGAGCUCUGCGUACGGGGGUACUCGUUGUUUUUGAGCUACUACGGCGACGAGGCGAAGACCAAAGAGGUGAAGGAGGACAACGGUUGGUUCCACACCGGGGAUUUGGCUUUGUUGAAUCAAGAUGGCUACGCCGAAAUCGUGAGCAGAUUGAAGGACAUGAUCAUCAGGGGCGGCGAGAAUAUUUAUCCCAGGGAGAUCGAAGAUCUCCUCGACACGCAUCCCGACGUCAUCGAAGCGCAAGUGGUCGGUUUGCCGCACGAAAGGUUAGGAGAGGAAGUCUGCGCAUGUCUAAGGACGAAGGAUAACAAACAAUUGACGGUGGAGGAUGUCAAGGAGUUCUGCGCCGGUACUAUUGCCUCGUUUAAAGUACCGACUGUGGUGAAAAUAAUGGCGGCGUUUCCGCAAACACAGUCGGGAAAAGUGCAAAAAAUGAAUCUCGUUAAAAUGCUAACCAACAAAUAA